GGGCAUGAACCUCGCCCACACCACUGUGCUCCUGUGGGUGUGGGGGAGCCUCCAGGCCUUCGAAAUUGUGGAGCAGGAGAAUAUUUUCCAGCGGACCCCCUGCCCAGCCUUUCUGAUGUUUGACAACGCAGCCUACCUGGCAGACAUGAGCUUCGAGCUUCCCUGCCGCUGCAAGCCUGAGGAGGUGUCCACCGUGGUCUGGUACUAUCAGAAGCACCUGGGCAGCGACCACACCAGAGUGCUCACGGACUUCGACGGGCGGGUGCUGACGGAGGAGUCCCAGGUGCGCGCGGGCAGCGACAUGCUGGUUCGCUUCAGCAUCCGCAUGUUCAGCCUCCUGGUUUUCCGGGCGCAGCCCGAGGACUCGGGCUUGUAUUUUUGUGGCACCCGCAAGGGGGACUACUUUUAUGCCUACGACGUGGACGUCCAAAGCGGGGAGGACAUGGUGGCCACCUUCAAGGACCAGGGCCAGGAGCCCUUCGCAGACGAGCACCACGGGAAACUGCACAUCUUCACCACCUUCUGGGAGUGGACCCCGUGCGACCGCUGUGGGGUGCGAGGGGAGCAGUGGCGGAUUGGCCUGUGCUACCUGCAGAGCCCAGGUCUGUCUCCGCGCUACCGCAGGACCCUGCCCGACGUGGUGUCCUGUGGCUCACAGGCGGUGCCCGAGAAGCUUCGGGCCCAGGCCAGGGAGCACACGCCCGAGCUCCUGGUGCAGAGCUGCGUGGUGCCCUGCGAGAAGAAGGAGAUUCGUGAGGGCUUGGUGGCCAUCCUCAGCUACGUGUCCAAGGUGGGCAGCCGGCCCUGGCUGCCUCAGGUGCCCAUCCAGUUCCACCAGCAGAGGCUGGGCCAAGGACUCAUUAUCUCCUGCCCCGGGGCCCGGCCAGAGCACGCCGUGGCCUGGGACAAGGACCGCCAGUACUUCUACCGCACGCAGUACCUGCGAGGUGUCAACCGGUCCAUGCGGGUGUUCAUCGACCACGGCAACCACCUCCACAUCCGCUUCACCCAGCUCAGUGACCGGGGCAUCUACUACUGCUGGAGGCAGGGCGUGAGGGUCGCCGGCUUGCGGCUGGGUGUCACAGCCCGAGGCCAGAACCGGGCCUCAUUCUCAGACCCUGAGACUCGCUCCGCCGUGCAGCUCACCCUGAUAGGCUACUUGGUCAUCACGGCUGUCUUUGUCACCAUUCACCUCUGUCGCUGCUGCUGUUACUUAUCUCGCUGUUGGCCCAACUACUCCCCCUAGGUCCCCUCCUCUUCCCGGGCUUGGAAGACCAGUUGUGCUCAGAUGUGUUUGUUAAGUGAUCCCGGAUGCCUCUGGCUGAGCUGUGCGGCAAGGGUGUGUGUGUGUGUGUGUGUGUGUGUAAAUAUGUUAGUUACAACCUGCUCCUGGCAGGUGGAGAAGCCCGAGGCAGACGAGAGAUGGGGGACGGAGGCCAGUACAGAAGGAGCCAGAACGUGUCUCUUCCAACUUCAUGCUCAGAGAAGGAAGAAGUAAAGCUGAUAUUUAUGAAAUGGUCUUUUUGAUGUUGGAACAGUGUUUGGGGUGCUUUUAUUUUCUGUCUUGGAGGAUUGCCAAGUGGUUGCUGGUUGAAUUGGGGGCAGCAGGGAGAGGAAGAGGGAGUGGGGGAGCCUAGAAUAUGUCCUCGUCUCUGGAAUGGCGGGCUUGGGAAUAAAAGUAAAGACCAGAACAGGGAAAAUGGGUGAGAAAAGGUGAAGUCAAAGUCAGGGCUUUCCCCAGAGCUGGGAGGUGAGUGAGAAGAGGGGCCGAGUGGAGGGCACUGGGGUGCCAUGUGGAGCAGGGUUGGAGUUGGGAUCUGUCCGAUGGCUGCCACUGGGGGGUUUGGGUUCCCAAGAUGAUCAGCAGUAAGCAAGUUGAGUCUUGUCCAAGGCUACCUCCUGCCCUCUCCCCAGCCCCAGCCUCUCCUGAACAGAUCAGU